AAGUACUUAGUCCAGUUGUUGCAUGCGGUCUCCUUGGAGGAUUUGCAUCCAGCUGGUUACACAUUUCUUCCAAAAGAAGACAGUGAGCCAUGUCCUUUUCGGGCUGGUUGUAUAAAAAGACUAAGGCAAAUCCAGGCUGAGCUGCAGACACAAAAUGAGACCCCGUCAAGGCAAACAAACCCACAGACCCAAAUCCAGGGAGAAUGGUCCCAACCUCAGCUGGACAAUUGUACCGUAACCCUCCUGACUCAUCUAAUGGAGCUUCAAAAUGUCCAAGCUUCUGCUUUGGUGCGAGCAUUAGCAAACAGGGAUAUUCAGUGGGUUGAAGCUCUGCAAGAUAAAUAUGAAGAUGAAAUUCAAACACAGCGCUUCACCAACCUGCUCCGCCUCCUGAUCCCGGAUCCCCCCCUAAAUUCAAGCUUUGCAGUCAAAAAUGUUGGCGGUCGACCAGCUGAGACGUUGGCGGCUGAUUCAAAUGGGGUCACCAGUGAGACGAAUGAAGUCCAAACCGCAGAUGGUUCUGACAAGCAGGACGUUUGUUGUGCAACUGUCAUGGAAGAUCUGCCAUACUUGGAGGUCUUGUGUUUUCCAGACACACGGCCUAGUGUCAAGGACAUCAUCCCUGCAGAGGACAGAGGUACCAAGGGAGACGAGAGCAGUGCAACCAAGACUCCCCAGAGCUGCAAAAAACAGGGGUCUUUGAUCACCUUUGCAUGGAGCAAACCAGGUGGGGAUGGUACAGUCUAUGAGGCUGACGCUGAUGGCGAAACGGAGCAGGAGCAGGAUGACCAAAGUAGUUUAAAGACCCACAUUCAGCCUGUCCAAUGUGAGGAAACAGUUCAGCAGAGACAUGUAGAGGAGCUCACAUAUGCUCUGUCACCCGAUGGCUCCUCUGCAGAACAGCAUUGCAGCAAAGCACAGCAGAGACCAGUGGAAGAUAAACCAGAGGAUAGAGGACCUGCAUCUGAACACGACCAGCAAACACUUGCUCCAUUAGCAGAGAACCUGCAUCCUGUACAGCCACAUCUCUCAAGGGACUCUUCCACGCAUACUGAUGACUGCUGCUCUGAAACAUCCAGUCGCACCAUGGAGGUCCAAAGAGAGAUGACUGAGGUGGAAAUGUGUCCCACUGAAGUAGAACCCAAACUGUGGGAUCUCAGAGGACCUGAACAGUCUACCUGUGAUGGCCUGACAAAAACCCAAGAUUAUGCAGUAGACUGUAGUGUCUUGGAGAGCGAGGCAAUGCGGGAACGCUCCCUGAUAGAGAACGAGCGAGCAAGCGAAGGAGUGUCAGCACUGGAAAGAGAGAGAACAAUGCGCAACCUGGUGGACAUGCAAAGAAAGGUUGAAAAGAAGCAACAGCGAGACAGAGAGAGACAGUUACUGAGGGUUCAGGAGCGUCUGGCAAUCGUCCAGAACAGAAAGACAGAAGAGGACCUGCUUGGCCUGAAGCACAUAGGAAGGCUUAAGCAUCUUACACAAGAUCUACCACUGGAAAACAAGAGCCAGCAGAAGACUGCCGUUAGAGAGCGACUGGAGCAGAUCAGAAGAGAACGUUCUUACGUCAUGCAGUCCAAAAGAGACAGGAAUACGGCAGGAUUUAAGGAACUCCUGGCUCCAGUUGCUCUGCAUAGCAAUGACACAGAAGAAGUUGGAGUAGACUGAGACAUUGCAGCUGCCGAGCUACAUGAGAUAUCAGUCCCAGUUUCAUCACUACUACAGACUACUAAGCAGAUAAUGCAGGAAACAAAUUCUUUAAUUGCAGUGCUUGAGUGUAAUGCUGCUAAUUUUACACCAAAAUUCCAAUUUCUUGCCAUUUCUGGCCUAUAUAGUAGUAUAUACGCACAUACAUAAUUUAAAAUACAUUAACUUGCAAUGACAAAUGACAAAACUGAUCUCAACAAACUUGUACUUGUUUAUUAUACAUUUUAAGUAUAAUUUUGACAACCAUAAAGUUUCAACAAUAAUGUAAUUUAUCUAUGACCCUCUUUAAUUGUGUGCACCUAUGCCAUGUGGGCGAAGAUACACACGCACACACAAGUCAGAAAAGUGCAUGUUAACGGUCUAAAGUGACUCCUCUAACCUGCAUUGAUGUGAACAUUAAAUUUAUAUUUUGGCCAAUGCUCGCUUACGUAAGAAAAGGAUUGUGACUACAGAAUGACACUGCUGUAGACUCUGAAUGCAGCCAUAUACUGGGACUGUAUUUAUUUACAGGUAUAUGGGGAUGGGGAGGGUACUGUAACAUUUGAAGGAACAUGUUUGGCUAACAACUCUGCAAUGGGGAUAUGUGUACAAUAUGUUUUCCUGCAAGAUAGGAGGACCUCUCGGUCCCGGUAAGUAGGGGGAACAUCUAAAUCUGAGAUCCUCAGUAAAUAAACAUUCAUCGUUCUUCCUGCUUAACUGACUAUAUUUGGUGUCCACUCCUACUCCGGUUCAAUGCAAAAGCAGGAAUAUCGACCACAUUGAUAAGGUAGAAGACUCCCAACAGCUCCCACACAGGCUGAUCCACUGCAUUACACAAAGUACAGUAGUGUGCUCUUAACUCCAAUCAAAAGUAUAUGACUUCAAGGUUUUCAAACACACUAACAUUCACACAAACAAAGAAGCUUAAAUUCCUGACUAAAAGAAGAAAAAAAACCAAAAAAAAACAACCACUACAACAAAAAAACAAAACAUUGCGUCCUGGCUGACAGAUGCUAUAUUCAGGCGUUGAUAUUGUGGGCUAGGAAGUGAACAAAGCCAGGAAAUCACAUUUUGAAUAUUA